AUGGAUAUACAGACCAAAUAUUACUUGAAAAUUCUACAUGAAGGGAGUUCAUAUUCCCUUCAACCUUUUCCGGAAUCUGGUACUCUAUUGCAAGUACACGAGGACAUAAAUGCUAAGAGAUUCAACAAUGGACGAAAGUUUUUUCGUGAUAAUCUUUCCAUGAACGUUUUGGGAUUGUCGUGUACUCUUGUGAUAGGAUUUAGCAUUCCAAACCUUCUGGAACCAUUAAUGUUCACGAAGAGGUCAAACUCACCAGAAGCCAUUUUACAGCGUUAUUUGACAACCAUACGUCACGUGACAUUAUGGCAUUAUGAUGUUUGGGACCCGAACUCUGCUGCUAGGAAAUCCAUUAAAAUGGUAUACAAUAGGCAUUUAAAUGUACGAAAUCAAAUGAAAGAGCAUAAUGAAGACACACAAUGCUUCACUCAGUACGACAUGAGCCUUGUGCAGCAUGCAUUUAUACAUUACGCCAUCUUGCUUUCAGACAAAUUAGGUCUUGAAUGCACAAAAACUGAUUUGGAUGAUUAUGUUUACUUCUGGAGAUGGAUGGGAUAUUUUUUGGGAAUUCGUGAUGAGAAUAAUAUUUGCAUUAAUGGGUUAGAAAAUGCAAGAGCUAUAUGCAAAGAACUGGCAGAAGCCGUGGUAUAUCCUGCACUUUCAGCAACUUCAGAAAAUUCUGAGAACAUGGCACAGACCUUUGCAGAUGGAUUAACGCUCCUGACAUUCAUUCCCAUACAAUCAGCCAAGUCACUUAUGGCAUUUUACUUGGACAUUGACGAUGAACCAAGGGAUUUUAAACUCACCAUUCUUGACAAAUGCAGAGUUCUGUUUUUGAGAAGUGUAGUUCUCGUGUUUAAGCACAGUGCUCUGUUUCGAUUUGUGGCGAACAGGGUCACAGAAAGAAUCAUUUCAGUAUCUUGGUUUAGAUCUCAGGUUCUUAAUUCAUAG